AUGUCGGAUUCCGAAUUGGAUGAUGACAUAUUGUUACCUACUGACUAUGACCAAUCAUGGUAUAGUAAAUGGAUAUCGGUAGCUCAUCUCAUAUGGAAUGGUCCAGACAUUCCUCGAGAUGAUCCACCGCGAAGAAUCCAAAUUUUUAACAGUUUUGAAGAUAUUCCCCAUCGAAUUAAUCGUUCUUUACCACACGGAGUUAAGGUCUCGAUCUUAUUCUUGUACUAUGUAUUUUGGUUUGGAUUAUGUUAUUCCAUAAUUCAACCAUAUUUAUCGUAUCCUCCGGCGUUAACAGAUGAUCCAGAAGUCACUGUGAUUUCAUUAUCUUGUUCAAGUCAGAAUGGAUUCUGGAAGGGCAAAAAUGGUGCUUGUGGUUUAAAUGCUGAAGCUUGUACAGUUCCUGAGGAUCGAGAUAUCAUCUUUAGAUGUCCUGCUUUAUGUGAUAGGGGUAGUUGGACUUAUUCAUUUCUCCCUAUAGGUGAUCAAAAUGUAAAAUAUCGAGGUUACUUUAUCGGAGGUGGAGAUGAUGUAGUAGAUAAAUUAGAUUCUGAUCAAAUUUCGAAUCCUUAUCGAGCAGAUUCUUAUCCAUGUGGAGCUGGAGUACAUUCUGGAGUGAUAUCUCCAUUCUAUGGAGGUUGUGCUAGAGUUUCUUUCAAAAGUGGAGUUCAAAGUAUGUUCCCAUCUACUAAAGGUCAUUACGGAGUUAGUGACUCGAUUGAAUUCUUAUCCUUUUUCAAAUCUUCAUAUUUCUUUAAGACUUUAGGCAAUGGUCAUUUGACCCACUGCUAUGAUCCUCGAUUAUUGGUGUUAUUCAUCAAUGUAUUGUUAGGACUUCCAAUAGUUUUUCUAGCUAGUGGAACAGUAAUAUUUUGGACAAUUAAUGUAGUUGGAUUCUGGACUAUUACUUUGGCUACUGAUCCUCCUAUUGUGGUUGAUGCUACUGAUCCAGAAGGAUUCGCUAGUUUGGUAUCUUUGGGACUUGAAAGGUUUCUUCCUGCUUGUUGUAUACUUUAUGUGUUAUGGCAUAGUUCAACUAAGAGAACCUUAUUGAUUCCUAAUGAUACUGAAUAUGAAUCUUCACCCUUAAGUAGAGUUAUCCUUUUCUAUCCAAUGUUUUGGUUAGGGAUAUUAAACAAUGUAACCUUUGAUAGAUUACCUGUGGAUAGGUUAACACUAUCUGACCUUAAGGCACAGAGUGGAGCUUUAUUAGCUGUUUCCUGUAUAAUUCUUACUAUAGCUUCAUGUGCUAUUAUUCAAGCGUAUAAGAUUUGGUUAUCAGGUCGAUUCACCAAAUACUUGGUCAUAUAUGCUAGUUUUGUAAUAUCGUUAUUCUUAGUAGCACUGUUGCCUGGAUUGAGUCUUAGGAUUCAUCAUUACAUAUUGGCAAUGCUCUUAAUACCAGGAUGUUCAACAAGAGGCAGAACUGCUUUAUUGUUCCAAGGUAUUCUAUUGGGAUUAUUUCUUUCUGGAGUAGCUCGAUGGGGAUUUGCCUCUAUAGCUGAAACUAUCACAUCUUUGAAGAGAGAUGAUCCUGUUGGGAGACUCUUGCCGCCAGAUUUCCUUGCCUAUAAUGCCACCAGUGGCAAUCUCCUGUGGCAAGGUAUUACGGAUGAUUUACUUUCUCCAAUAGAUAGAGUACUCUACGAGAAGUAUUCGUCCAUCUCAGUUCUAAUCAACGAUAUCGAAAGAUUUGUUGGUUCUCAAGUUGAAUCGUUUAAUCUUAAGGAAUUGUUUGAAACUAGUACUGAUUUAAAAAAUGAGAUAUCCCAUAGUUUAGCCACUGGCUUUAAAGAUGCUGCUGGCAAUAUAUUAAUUUACCUCCGGAUAGGUAGAAAGAUUCCAGGGACUCAUAUAUAUAGUGAUUUUUCUAAUGCUGCGAUAUUAAAAUGGCCCAGUGGAGAGUUGGAGCUCCCUGUGCCUGGACUUACAUAG